CAAUAUCUUUCCCCUAACUCAAACCCUUCUCUGUUCUCCUUAGCGUUGCAAAAUGGCAUCCGCCGGCGCCAUCUCGUCCUCGUCAAUCCUCCGUUCUCCUUCUCUCCAGAGUGAGGGCUUGAGGAGGAGAACUGGUGGUCGGCGGGCGCUAGUGGUGCGAGCAAAAGCGAAGGAAAUCGCCUUUGACCAGGUUUCCAGGUCAGCUCUUCAGGCCGGAGUCGAGAAGUUAGCUAACGCAGUUGGCGUUACCCUUGGGCCGAGAGGGAGGAACGUUGUGCUAGAUGAGUAUGGGAAUCCUAAAGUGGUUAAUGAUGGAGUUACUAUUGCUAGGGCAAUUGAACUAGCUGAUCCUAUGGAGAAUGCUGGUGCAUCGUUGAUUCGUGAGGUUGCUAGUAAGACAAAUGAUUCUGCUGGUGAUGGGACAACAACUGCUUCCGUGCUUGCUAGGGAAAUUAUAAAGCUUGGUUUGCUCAGUGUUACUUCAGGUGCAAAUCCUGUUUCUGUCAAGAAGGGUAUUGAUAAGACUGUGGCAGCAUUGGUGGAAGAACUUGAGAAGAAGUCACGGCCUGUUAAGGGGAGUGGUGACAUUAAAGCUGUAGCUACCAUUUCAGCUGGCAAUGACGAAUUUAUUGGAGAUAUGAUUGCUGAUGCUAUUGAUAAAGUUGGUCCCGAUGGUGUUCUCUCUAUUGAGUCAUCUUCAUCUUUUGAGACGACUGUCGAUGUUGAAGAAGGAAUGGAGAUUGACAGAGGUUAUGUCUCCCCACAAUUUGUUACUAAUCCAGAGAAAUCAGUUGUUGAAUUUGAUAAUGCAAAAGUUUUGGUCACUGACCAAAAGAUUUCAACAAUAAAGGAGAUUAUACCCUUAUUGGAGAAAACUACACAGUUAAGAGCUCCAUUGCUUAUUAUUGCUGAGGAUGUAACCGGCGAAGCACUAGCAACUCUUGUUGUGAAUAAACUACGAGGCAUUCUUAAUGUUGCUGCAAUCAAAGCACCUGGAUUUGGCGAGAGGCGGAAAGCUCUUCUCCAAGACAUUGCUAUUGUGACAGGUGCUGAAUUUCAAGCCAAAGAUCUAGGCUUGUUGGUGGAGAACACAUCAGUAGAGCAGUUGGGCACUGCAAGGAAGGUCACAAUCUCGUCAAGCUCCACCACCAUCAUUGCAGAUUCAGCUACUAAAGAUGAAAUUCAAGCUAGAAUUGCCCAGAUAAAGAAGGAGCUUGCUGAGACUGACUCUGUUUAUGAUUCUGAGAAGCUGGCUGAGAGAAUUGCAAAGCUCUCAGGUGGAGUUGCAGUGAUAAAGGUUGGUGCUGCAACAGAGACAGAACUCGAGGAUCGCAAGCUGCGCAUUGAGGAUGCUAAAAAUGCCACCUUUGCAGCUAUAGAGGAAGGCAUUGUACCUGGUGGUGGUGCUGCCUUUGUUCAUCUUUCAACAUUUGUUCCUUCUAUUAAGGACAAGCUUGAGGAUGCUGAUGAACGCAUAGGUGCCGACAUUGUGCAAAAGGCAUUGGUGGCUCCCGCCGCAUUGAUCGCCCACAACGCAGGAGUUGAAGGAGAGGUGGUGGUGGAGAAGAUCAAGGACCGUGAAUGGGAGAUCGGUUACAAUGCCAUGAAUGACAAAUACGAGAAUCUCGUCGAAGCCGGCGUCAUAGAUCCGACCAAGGUGGCUCGAUGUGCGUUGCAGAAUGCUGCAUCAGUGGCUGGAAUGGUCCUCACAACACAAGCCAUUGUGGUUGAGAAACCUGUCAAGCAGAAGAAGGUUUCUGCAGCCGGAAUACCUGAUGGUACUCUUCAAGUUUAGGAUGCUAAGGCAAGAAGUGCCAGUUUUGUUGGAAGAGUGGAGCUGCAGUUAGGUCUUUAUUUGACUGUAAGUUUGAAGUGCUGGAUCAAAUACUUAUGUGUUCCUGAUAUCUUUUGUUUGGGGAUAUCGAAACGGUUUUCUGUUUUGUUUGAUUCUAUAUUAUCAGUUCGCACAAACGACAACUCUCAAUCUUUCAGAGGAAAAAAAAAAAAGUUUCGGCUGCU